CUCCCAGUCCCAGGCAGGCACUGUGAGUGGCAUGGCUCCCUCAGAGGACUCCAGGGACUGCAGAACCAGCCUCAAAGACACCGGCCUAGAGACCAGCUCUGGUGGGAAGCGGGCCCGCUGUCACAAGGCCAUCCCUACGGCUCACAUGACUUUCGUUAUUGACUGUGUCCGUGGGAAACAGCUCUCCCUAGCAGCUCCCCCAGUGCUGCCCCAAGUCCCCAGCCCCAGCCAGGGACCUGUCACUCUGCCAAUGAAGACCUAUAUUGUGUUCUGUGGGGAAAACCAGCCCCAAUCAGCUUUGGACAUCCCCUUGGGUGGGGGGUGCCUUGCCCAGGCCAAGGAUGCCCUGCCACCCCGCCCACCCCGCAGAGGGGCUGUGGACCCCUCUUCCCCCCCAGAUAGCCCACCCUGCCCCCAGGGGACUCCUAAAGCCAAGGGGAGGCCCCUGAAGAUUGGGCCUGCGAGGUCUUCAACCUGGGGGACAGUCAAGGGCUCCCUCAAAGCCCUCUCUUCCUGUGUCUGUGGGCAGACGGAUUAACGGGAAGGGCCGGGCUGUGGGAGGAGGGGUUGGCAUGCCAGGUUCCAGUGCUCAAGGGCUGUGACUCCCAGGCCAGCCUCCCGUCCCCUGGGCCCACUAAAGGACAAAAGAAUCAGCCAACCGGUGCACAUCUGCCUCCUCCAUCCUUCCCAUCCCUGCCAGCCUUUCAACAGAGGCCGACCAGGACCCCCCUGCAGGGAAAGAGAUUCAUCGUUCACCCAGCAGAUACUAAAGGAGCAUCUUCUAUGUGCUGGCCCUGGGGCAAGGCCCGGGACAUCGUCUGGUUUUCACAAAGCUUCUAUUCUUGGGGCAGGAGGUGGGAAGAAGGGUUAAACAAGCAAGCCAAUAAAUAAAAAGACGAUUUUGAACCGUGA